AUGGUCAAGAAAUACAUGUUUUCAGCAUUAAGAAGAUACUCAACACACUCGGUGGUAAGACAAUCCACACUGUCGGACAUGUACAAAUUGUAUGCCAAGAACCAACCAAUCUCGGUGAUCACGGCACAUGACUUUAUAACGGGCCGCAUAGCAGACGCUGCAGCAUCAGUCGACGCAGUGCUGGUGGGGGAUUCGUUGGCUAUGGUUGCAAAGGGACACCCGUCCACUUUGGAACUGGAUCUCGAUGAUUUCUACCAUUCUACGAAAUCGGUGGUACGUGGCAUCGAUUCCAAAUUUAUAAUUGCCGACAUUCCAUUUGGCUCCUUUGAAUCUUCCACGGAGAAAUGUGUCGAAACGGCAAUCAAACUCAUGAAAAUCGGGAAAAUCGGCUCAAUUAAAAUCGAAGGCUCUUACGAACUAACCGACAGAAUCAAAACUUUGACCAGUUUCGGCAUACCUGUAACGGGCCAUUUAGGCCUGACACCACAACGGUUCAACGCCUUGGGCGGAUUCAAGGCACAGGGUAAGUCUGCUGAAAACGCAUUGGAUAUAUACAGACAAGCCUUACAUCUACAAGAAAUUGGCUGCAAAAUGCUGGUUUUGGAAUGUAUACCUGAAAAGUUGGCGCAGUUCAUCACCGAACACUUAAGGAUACCUACCAUUGGUAUAGGUGCAGGCAACAAGACGUCGGGUCAAGUUCUGGUGAUGGCUGACGCCUUGGGUAUGUUGGAUGCCAAGAAUGCCAAGUUUGUUAAACAGUAUAUGAACUUCCAUCAAUUGGCAGUGGAUUCUCUAAAUACCUUUGGAAACGAGGUCAAAUCACAAACUUUCCCAGAGACAGUCAAACACACUUAUCCAAUGAAAGAGGAAGAGUUUACCGAAUUUCUAGAAUUGACUAAAUCUCUAUAG